AUGUGCAACGAGGGAGAAAGCGAGGAACCGGCUGGGGAAGACAGCAACGAGAGCGUGUACGAAGCGGAGCGGGUCGAGUUUGGUCGUUGUAGGACUAGCCACAGCGGCACCGGAGCAGCGGCACCGGAGCAGCGGAACCGGAGCAUGCGGACGGCAUCGAACCGUGAUGCACGGACAAACAUCUGUUCUAUCUCUUCGUCGACGCCAGUGUGGACCCUGGCAACUGUCGGAGACACCGGUGCCUUGGCAGUAUUAUCCCACUGCCAGGGGAAGGCUAUUUCCUCUCGUGAUAUGUAAACGAGGAGAAAGAAGGGGGUAGAAAGAGAGAGUGGCCAGAGAGAGCAGAAGAAGGAGAGGAGAGUUACUGAGACGGUACAGCUCCCUCUAGCAAACAAACCUAGGGCCGUGUUCAUAGUAGUGCCCGUCCACCUUAUUGAUGGCGUCUGCCUCCGCGCACGAAGAAGAAUGACAGAGAUGGGCAUUGCUGCCUACACCGACGGCCUGGAGGCCCAAGCAUCUAUCUUUACCUUUGUACCUGACGCACCGGUGCCGACCCAACUCCACCACUACGGAGCCUCGCGGCGGGUGCGCCUCAGCAAGAAGGUAUCGGUACCUUGAGGGUGAGUCUAGCCCUGCUCGCUAGAAAGACCCUUUCACGCUAUGGGUCAUGCCUACAUAGACUACGCAAAACCUUGCCGAGGCAGCGAGGGGAAGAAAGUGAAAGGUGAUGUGUACUACUCCUGUUGUACUUCGAAAACACACAGCAAUCACCCGCAACGAAUACAUAUGUAGAUAUGGAGGCACGUGCAGACUACAGUUGAGUAUCCUGUUUAGUGCUGCACGACAGAAAAAAAAAAAGUACGCUGAAUAUCGCUUCCAACGGGAAAGCAGCCCCUUGUGGAAACCCCUAUGAUCAGGUGGCUCGCUUGGCAACAGACCUCCACACCUAGCACCGGCUCUUGAGGGCGAACGAGGGCAUAAACUGUCCAGAUUUAAGAAGAGGGUGAAAAAGUUGGACUUGAGCUAGAGCGUACGACCAUGCAGCAGCUCCAAAAUCAGAGUUUCAGUCAAACUGGGCUUCAAGAGAGCAAGUACGAUUUCUUCGAGUUCAAUUAUUCCACUCGGUGCUUUGCCAAUAUACGAGCCGAACAUGACUCGGGGAGUUUAGCUGCAGACACUCCAGUCCGUGCAUAAAGAUUUAAACGCCGCGGUAUCACAUGGUCAGGUGCAUAGGCGCGCCCGUAAAGAGGAUCAGAUCUUAUGCAUGGAUUAGAAGAGGCACCGAAGAUCCCACCCCACGAAUAAGCGUGCGCCUGGCUCAGCUGUACGUUCAAGAGUAACAUGUUGUUUUUGUAACUUUGGUCAGGUUUCGAAUGCAUGGACAAACGGCCGGUAUAGGUCGAGCUGCUGCUACAUGAAUCGUCAGAGACGUAGGUGGGCCAACAGGCUUGUGGGGUAAACAGCCCCACAGCUCUACCGGGUGCCGUGCUACUGUCGCUAUUCGACCAUUCUUGCAUUUUUUUCUUCGGGAAUCAGGAGAGUUGUGCACUGCUAGGUGAGGGUCCCGACUCCAACAGGCACAAGCGUGUGCGGUGCAACAACAGAGGGGCACCACCAACAGCAAUUUCAGUCCAAACCUAGCUAACGCCAUUCAAGAGUACUCCACCUAUAGUUGGUAUUGCAGCACAAUUCUAAGUGCUAUACAACCACAAGAUCAGCAGCUAGCAUAAUCGAUGCUCGGUGUUGCCGGCAACGUGCCAGGGCAUAAGCACGGUGCCUGUAUGUGA